AUGUUACCAAUCCAAGCAAGCAGUAUCACACCAGCAAAAUCACCAUUUCCGAACAUCAAGCUGUCACAAGAAACCACACGCAAGCUGCUCGAAUAUUAUGGCGACCUGAUUGAGAGCAACGAGGCAUGCAACAGCCCCCAGCAAGAAGCUGUUGUCAAUGUGUCAACAACUGAUGGAGGGCGUCGUCGAAAUCGAAGACGGACAUCCUUUCUGGUGAACAAUGCGCGUAGAUUGUCAUUUGGGUCCUCAAUGCAGCCACCAACUCAGAUUGCACGCCAAAACGAAGAGCACCAAGUAGCCACUUCGGCUCCAACUGCACCAGCCGAUGAUAUAGACCAAAACAGCGACGUGGAGAUGCCACUCGAGCCAAUGGAUCAAAGCAGCGACGAUGAGAAUGCAAUGGAAGCUUCAGGUGGAGCGCAUUCACCUGGUAGCCAUUCGUCUGGAAGGAGCGUGAUAAUAGCAGAAGCAUCUUCAAAGGAUGGGGAACAACAAGAAAUAGAAUUGGUCAUACAGCAAUUUUCAGAGGAAGGAGAUCACUCUAGGAUGGACGGUACUUACGGGGAGGCUUUUCCUUCUUCAGAAAGCAGACGCGAAACUGAACAGGAGAUACAGAGGAAGUGGACGCCACCUGCUGAAAUGCUCUACGCAUUGGCACUCAAUUUCGACAGCAGAGACGAUGGCAAACGUCCUUCUCGGUUUGGAGAUGGAAGCUUUGAGCUGAGCAACAAAAAGCGACCUGACGACACAGCAUUGAGGUGGGCUAUUCUGAUGGUUGCAUAUCGGUGGGGGUAUUGGAGAGAGGAUAUUACCCGUAAACAGAAGAGCUCAAUUGCCAGAGCAGCGUGUUAUCUCAUUGCUUAUGAUGCAGGAUUUGCACAGAGCAUCGAAGGGACAAGCGUGGAGAAAUGGGAAAGGGCUGUAUCAACGAGCAUAAAAACUGGAGAGAGUAGACUGGUUAAUGCAUUGGCAACUCAAGCGAUUGGGAACCAACGAAAGGAUACUUACUACAACCGACUUGAUAAAGAGUAUCCAGGAUAUCUCCUUCGACUAUGGAGGGAGGCGCAGAAGAUUGAGGGCGAUAAAGCAACAUUCGUUGAGUACGCAGGCACCAUCAAGACUCUGUCAUCAAAUCCGGAAGAUCCACUGCCGACCGUCAACAUUAGUGGCAAGCAGCUGAAUCAAUGGUUUCGAUCGCUUGGGGGAACUGCUGUGAAAUCGGUGACGAGACCUCUUCUAACUGAAAAACACAAGACAGAUCGAGUUGCUUGGUGCAACAAGAUGUUGGCAGCAAACAAUGACCAUCUUGAAAAGCACGGAGAUCUUGCCAUCCGACAAUUCACAGCGCAUCCUCCUUACCGCCUUUUGAAUGUAGAAGAAUAUGGCAUGAGUGAGGAUAUUCGAGAGGCUCUCGUACUGCGGUAUUGCACUUACACUGCACCAAGAAGGCAAACCAAGAGUGGUCCUCAAAAGAAAUGGAUCACAAUGGAAGAACACGAAACAGUGCUUGGCCACACCAGGCGAAAGGUUGCUGGUGGCCCGUUGGUUGAAUUGAAGAUUGCAGAUAUUGAAUUGAGAUCCAUGCGCCGCAAAGGUGACUGGUACGAGAAGGAUACAACCUGCGAUUCAGAGUGGAUGAAAGUCCACAUGCUGGAGAUGGGGAAAGCAAUCCGUGAAGCGUAUUGGUGGGUUGCUGACUCUCAAGAGAUUGAGCUUGUGAUGGAAAAUGCCGGAGGCCACGGAACAAAGGAUUGCAUCGAAGAGUAUGAAAAAGCCCUCAAAGAAAAAUUCAACGUGAAGGUUAUCCAUCAGGUGCCACGGAGUCCUGAAACAAACCUGCUCGACCUGGGGAUUUGGUGUGGAUUGCAGCAUUAUGUUGAGACGGUGCAUCGGAAGAAAACAAAAACGUCCACCGAUGCUCUUGCUCGGACGGUGAUAAAUGCAUGGUCAAGAUACAACUCAUUUGAAUCGUUCGCCAAUGUUUACAGACGUUGGGACAAGGUCCUUUCGCUCAUCAUUGGAGCAAGUGGCGACAAUAGUCUUGUCGAUUCUGCUCGGAAAGAGUUGAUUGUUCCGAUUGUUAUGGUUGCUCCAGAAGCGCUCAUACAGGAUGAGGAUCACAUAGUCGAGGACCCCCCGAAGACUGGUUCGGCAACGAAGACCGCGUAG